AAUAGAGGAAUUUGACCGCCUCUCUCCACCCGGGCCACGUGACAUUCGUGUGUAACUCUCACGUCCCUGUUUCGGUUGCUAGGGAAGAGAGACGGUCCAUGGCAACGCUUUAAGCAAACUCCACACCGAGAGAGAGAGAGAGAGAGAACCGCGAGACGGCUUUAAACGCACAACGUUGGAAAGAAAUACAGACAUCUAAUCGUGCGAUUCUGGAACCUUCAACCUGACAUCUCAGAGGAUUUUUGUCUGAUUUAGGACCACGCAACCCGGAGUUACAGUUCGGUAUCAUCGGCUCGGUUCACAUUGCCGCCGGCCAGGUCAAAGCGAGAGCGCGAGACCGGGAUCCGCAGACAGGGCGGCCGGGACAAGAGCUGUGUGUGUCGGCAGAGAGACGCUCAGCACCAGCGUUCACACAAUCAAACCCGACAGACUACUGAAACGCGCUGUGAAAGUUUGUGACUGUAAUAGUGCAUGAAGCAAUCGACACAAACGCCCAGAAUGGCUCCUUGCUGGUAUUGCUGCCUUGUUUGCUGACGUUGGACCUCGUUGUACUCGGAUUGAGGGGAAGGCGCCUGUAGUCAGAGCACCAUGUGUCGCUGUGCUGGCUCUGUCACUGACGGGUCAAUCCUACUGAGUGAAACUGACACGGGGAGGGGGGGCCAGCCCCACAGACCGCCUCACCCUCUUACCCCGUCCUGAAAGACACUCUUACGACACACACAGAUAAGUGCCGGGAUAGCCGGCCGAGGGUAUGGGCAACUCGUCCCGAAAAGAGGCCCAAGAUAAAGCAGGAGAAAAAAAGGAAAAGAAGGGAGAUAAAGGAGAGGAGGAGGAGGAGAAAACGGCUGAAAAAGAAGAGGAGGUCAUGGAGGAUGUGGAGCUUCCGCUUGGAGUCGACAAGCUCUUGAAGAGCGGAGAUCCAGUGUUGGACCUGAGCUACUACAAGUUCCGUCGCCUUCCUCGUCAAGUCCUGAAUUUGGAGUACCUGGAGAAGCUCUACGUCUGUGGAAACCGUCUCCGCAAUGUCCCUAAGGGUAUCGCGCGGCUGCAGGGUUUGCGUACCCUGGCGCUCGACUUCAAUAAGCUCGAUGACAUUCCUCUGUCGGUGUGCCAGCUGACUAAUCUCACGUGUCUUUACCUGGGAAGCAACCGGCUGAUGAGCCUCCCACCAGAAGUGAGGAACCUGCAGAACUUGCGUUGCCUCUGGGUGGAGAGCAACUUCUUCCAGCGAUUCCCCAAGCAGUUGUGCGACCUUCCCAAUUUACGCUCACUGCAGAUUGGGGACAACCGUCUGCGCAUGCUUCCCUCGGACCUAUGGCGCAUGGAGUCCCUGAGAGGACUCUGGCUGUAUGGAAACCGCUUUCAGGAGUUUCCGCGAGUGCUCCUCAAGAUGGAGCAGCUGGAGAUUCUGGACAUGGACCGCAAUCGGAUAUCAGAGUUCCCAAACUUGCAUCAUCUACCGGCGCUGCGACUCUUCUCCUACGACCACAACCCUGUGAAGGAGCCACCACGUGUAGGGGAGGAGGUGCUUAUAGUCGGGGAGGGGGCUGAGGAGGUGUUGCAGGCUAGAGGGAGAAGGAGAGAGGCAAAAGAACAUGCAGAAAAGGAAGCAGAGGAGGCGGCAGCCGUGGCGGCAGCGGCAGCCAGUCCGGUCAUUCAUGGAAUACUCAAGAAACUCAGAAUAAACUCCGCCCUUAACCUGGCAGCUGCUAAGAAAAAGGUAACAAAUGAGUCGGUUCCAUCAACAACCCCAACUGGGGAUGAGAACGGACCACAAAAUAAUGACGGAGGUGCUGAGUUUGAGAGACAAGGUGUGGCCUUUUUCGAGGAGGCGGGGCUUGGUUAUGACGAUGACAGUCUGGAGUAUGAAAGGGAGGAGCUAAUCUGCGAGGGGGAGGGGUAUGAAAGCUACGAGGGGGCGGAGUUAGAGUAUGAGAGAGAAGAAAUGGACUAUGAAUAUGAAGGGGAAGAGUGAGAACAACCUUGAUCCUUGCACCUGUGGGUCAUGAUAUUCUACUUACUUAAUCUGAAGUGUGUAGUUUCUGCAAACAGAGUUGCUGUUUGUUUUAAUCAAUUUUGCAAUUCUUUGGUGCGGACGCUACACACUUCCACUUUAAGCAUCUGAGGUGUUACUGCAAGGGUUGCAGGUUCAAUCCCAAGGAUGAACUGGAGAGUAACAAUGAAUUAUUGGGUCCCAAAAAAGGCUCUUAAGUAACCCCAGGAUGCUUUAUGGGGCAAUGAAAAUGACUGCAAGUCGCUCUAAUAAAAAGCAUCUGCUAACAUUAAUAUUAAAUUAUGUCUGAUUGGAAAGUUGAAUAAAAGGUCAAGUUUAAAAACAAUAUCCAGAAUGUAUACUCUGCUAUCAUUUGCUCACUCUCAUGUUGAUAUUUUGAUAAACAAUUUUUUUUUCUCCAUAUAAUGAAAGUCAAUGGGGUCCAGAACUAUAUUGUUCCCUAUUUGUUUUCAUUUUAUAGACAAAAAAAAAAAAAAACACUGCAAGGUUUUUCAAAAUAUUUUCAUUUACACUCUGCAUAAAGGAAUAGAGGUUUGGAAUGACUUUAGGGUGAGUAAAUGAUGGCUCAGGAAACAUGAAAAUCUUUAACACAACUUAUAAAAUACAGCUUAAGUAUAAGUGAGUGUUGCUAUUAUUAGAAGGCAUUUAUUGUUGGCCAGACCAUUACUGCAAUCCUCAAACACAGGACUCUCUUCAAUAAUUACAGGGUUUAAUGAUUUUAAGACUUGUCAUUUGUAACAAUCAACUGUGAAGACCUUUUUUAUGCGUCAAAACUACGUAUUUUUAAUUAAGAGCAGGGCUCAGGCAUUUUUGUUGGUGAGUGUGUGUAAGUGAUGUGUGUCUGGAACUCUACCCUGACACGAGUGUACUGUUUAUAAGACACUUGAUGCUGCAAUUACAGCGAUGUGUGUUGGUGAAACCAAAUAUUAUCUUAUUAAAUAACCAAUGAGUUUGCUAAAUAUGUUUUAAUGAUUCAUGUCUUGUCGGACUCGGAGAAUCCUAUUUGUCUGGCUGUGGAACAACGCUGACGUGAUCUGAGACAGAUGGGAAGAGCUAGCCAAGUUAGCACUAAUAGAAGUAAAUGUUCUCUCUCGUCUGAAGCUUGAAGGACUCAAUGUGCGAAAGUCAGAGUGGAGGCGUGCGGACAGAAGAGAAACAUCAGAGAAAGAAUAGUUGGGGGUACAAUCCAUAAAAGGCCCGGGUACUUAGUCAGUGAUGUUUUGGGAGAAAGACUGAGAGAGAGCAGCGCUUAAUGUGUAAAUUAUUAGGUCCCAGAGCAAAGACUGUAAUGGAUCCAGCAGGUUUGUGGGUUGGGUGACGGUAUAAAAAUGAAAAUAGUGUUUAACACCCAAUUAACACCACAGGCGAGCCAUGCGACACAAUGCAAAGCAAACUAGAUCACACCAACCAUAAUCAAAGAAGGUGUCUCCACUGCAAGAAGUUUAGACGACUUUAUUGAUUAUGAUGGGAAAUCUAGGAAAAGUUUUUCAGGGAAUAACAAUUUGGCUUCAGACUUGCAAUAUAACAAUCAUAUGGACCACUUUUCUGAUAAUUUAAAGGUGCUUUUUUAUUUUUGUAGCUUGAUGAAUACAAGUUCUUAUUCACAUUCUUAAGAAAAAAAAAAGAAAAAUCUUGAAAAUUCACCAUUUGUGUUCUACGGAAGAAAGUCAUAUUACUUCUCAAAACUCUUUGUUCCCAAAUGCAUAAUUCAAGAAUAAAAAUAAUUGUUUUGAA